UCCUUUCUUUUGCGAUUGGAAAAAUUUGGUGAAGACUGGUCAGGCAAUGAAAAUUUUUAUGUUCUAAGAAAUCGCGAAAUCUUACUACUUUUGCAGGCGGCCAUUUGUUCUGUCAAAAAUAAAACAAAAUUACAUGGCCAAAAUACGCAAUCUGAUUUUCCAGACUUACAAGAUUAUAAACAUUGCUUGAUACAUGUUCAGGUGUCUAUGAUAGGAAAAGGAUUGCCAAAGAAAUUUGCAAUUAUAUGCAUGCCGACAUCCGAAGAUUUAAAAAAGCUUGAAAGUAAUAAAAAAUGGCAUGGACCUGUACAAAAAUGUUAUAAUGAUCCGAAUGAAAGAAUUCGUAAAACAUUACGAAAAAAUCAUUUAAAAGUAUUAAAAAGAUUAAGACGACAAAGAAUUCGUCAGAAUAAAUUGUUAAAAGAUAAUGUAUUGAAAUUACUAAAAUCUCCCAGCAAACUGAACGAAAGCAUUAAACAUAUGACUGUUUCAUCACAUCGUAAAAUUAUAUCUGAACAAUUAAUGAAAAUGUCAAAAUUGUACCUCCCAAAAUGUACACAAGUUCGCUAUUCCUGUGAUAGAGAAGUUAUGGGAUAUAUAACGCUAGGAGAUUUCUCGUUUAGUCAGGCAAAGGGCAUUGGCAUAGGAUAUGUCACUUUACCCUCAUUCCUCGAAAUGAUUAGUAAAAGAUCUAAUAUUGUUCUUGUUAGAAAUAUUCAAACACGACAGUAUAGAUUAGUAAAAUUAGAUAUAUUAGGAAUUUAAAACUGUAUUUUUUACUAUAUUAUAUAUAUUGUA